AUGCUAGACUCGCAAAUCACGGAUGAACUGCAGAAAGAAAUAGAAGAAGUUAGGCUUCGAAAACUUCAAAGGGAAAGGGAAGAAACAAUAAAUGAAUUAAAACAUUCUCUGAUAUCAAGAGAAAGAGAAUCAGAAAACUUUGAGCAAUGGUCGUUGAAAGAAAAAAUUUUUUGCCAGGAAACGUUCCAAAGAAGAUCCGAUUUACGCAUAAAAAAUAGUCGUCCAACACAUUUUGAUGUUAUUUUGAAAGUGCUUCGACUCUAUUAUGGAGAAAUCUUUGAAGACCUUAAAAUCCCGUUGUACGAUCAUUUGAAUUUAUAUAUACAAGAACUUUCUCCUGAUGAAUUGAAUACGCUCUUAGAUGACAUCAAAGAGAUGCUUGAAAUAUGUGAAACUGCUCAAAAAAAUGUUAAGAACCCCGUUCCUAAACCUCUCAAUUGGGCUAGAGCACUCGAACAAGCAAAUGCUUCAGGUGCAUUUUUACUUGAAAAUGCCUCUGAAGAAAAAAUACAAGUCUACGUCAAAUAUUGGCAGGCCGUGCAGCAUGUAGUCACUGGUAUUUUGAACGAAAAUAAAAACGAAAAUAAAAACGAAAAUAAAAAUGAGAAUAUUUCGAAUGAACCACAUCAUCGAGAUAUUACCACUGGACUUGCCACAGCAGCUUUAUUAGAACUGCGAGCUUUGCUAUCUUCUAAAACAGAAACGCAGCUUAAAAGUGUGCAAGCUAAGCUAAAAAAAAUUCAAUCUGAUCCAUCGAGUCACAACGAUCCAACUUACUGGGAAACUAUCUUGAAGCUAAUUCCUGAAUAUAAAAACAGGGCUAUCAUAAAUACAAUCUAUGACAAAGCAAAAGAAUUUGUGGCUAAUUUGGAAUUCAAAAAAGAAAAAACACUGAAAGAAACUUUGAAACCUUCUGAAUUUUCCGCUGUCCCUUACGAUGUCAAUUCAAUAUAUCGCCCAUCCCUUGUUACCUUUGAUUCCGUUAAAGAUGAAACUUUGAUGUCUCUAGAAGAAUUUGAAGAAAAACGGAAAAAAAAUAGAGCAACGCUUAUUUUGAAAAUUCAACAUAACCGCGAAAAGCAAAAGCAGGCGCAAAAAAACCAGGAAUCAGAAGCCUUAAAAGCGGAAAGUUUGAAAGCUCGAACCAUAUACGAACAGUUUGUGAAACAGGAAGAAAUCAGUAAAGACGAAGAUGAGUAUAUUAUGAUACCAUCUGCUUAUGAAAUACCAUUACAAAUGCCUAUGACAAAUAUAUCAGAUAUAGAUUCACGUUUCCGUCUCAGAAAACCCCGAUAUUUAAAUCAUGUCCGAACUGGAUACGAAUGGAGCAAAUAUAAUCAAACUCAUUAUGAUCGCGAUAAUCCACCUCCUAAAAACGUUGUUGGUUAUAAGUUUAACGUAUUCUAUGUUGAUUUAAUUGAUGUGUCCCAAAUACCAACAUGGAAACUACUCCCAGGCAACUCCAGUGACACAGUAUUUCUUCAUUUCCAUGCGGGUCCUCCCUACGAAGACCUUCGUUUUAGAAUUUUAAACAGAGAGUGGGAUUUGCACCCAAAAGGUGGUUUCAAAAAUUGCUUUCAUCAGGGUAAUAAUAUUUUAUACGUAUAA